UGGGCGCCAGAGGCGGAGUCGGGGAGGAGGUGGCUCCAGAGAUGGCAGUGAGCGAGAGGAGGGGGCUCGGCCGCGGGAGCCCCGCGGAGUGGGGGCAGCGGCUACUUCUGGUGCUGCUGUUGGGUGGCUGCUCCGGGCGCAUCCACCGGCUGGCGCUGACGGGGGAGAAGCGAGCGGACAUCCAGCUGAACAGCUUCGGUUUCUACACCAAUGGCUCUCUGGAGGUGGAGUUGAGCCUCCUGCGGCUGGGCCUCCGGGAGGCAGAAGAGAAGUCCCUGCUGGUGGGGUUCAGUCUCAGCCGGGUUCGGUCUGGCAGAGUUCGCUCCUAUUCAACCCGGGAUUUCCAGGACUGCCCUCUCCAGAAAAACAGUAGCAGUUUCCUGGUCCUGUUCCUCAUCAACACCAAGGAUCUGCAGGUCCAGGUGCGGAAGUAUGGAGAGCAGAAGACGUUGUUUAUCUUUCCCGGGCUCCUCCCGGAAGCACCCUCCAAACCAGGGCUCCCGAAGCCACAGGCCACAGUCCCCCGCAAGGUGGAUGGCGGAGGGACCUCUGCAGCCAGCAAGCCCAAGUCAACACCCGCAGUGAUUCAGGGUCCUAGUGGGAAGGACAAGGACCUGGUGUUGGGCCUGAGCCACCUCAACAACUCCUACAACUUCAGUUUCCACGUGGUGAUCGGCUCUCAGGCGGAAGAAGGCCAGUACAGCCUGAACUUCCACAACUGCAACAAUUCAGUGCCAGGAAAGGAGCAUCCAUUCGACAUCACGGUGAUGAUCCGGGAGAAGAACCCCGAUGGCUUCCUGUCGGCAGCGGAGAUGCCCCUUUUCAAGCUCUACAUGGUCAUGUCCGCCUGCUUCCUGGCCGCCGGCAUCUUCUGGGUGUCCAUCCUCUGCAGGAACACGUACAGCGUCUUCAAGAUCCACUGGCUCAUGGCGGCCUUGGCCUUCACCAAGAGCAUCUCUCUCCUCUUCCACAGCAUCAACUACUACUUCAUCAACAGCCAGGGCCACCCCAUCGAAGGCCUUGCCGUCAUGUACUACAUCGCACACCUGCUGAAGGGCGCCCUCCUCUUCAUCACCAUCGCCCUGAUUGGCUCAGGCUGGGCCUUCAUCAAGUACGUCCUGUCGGAUAAGGAGAAGAAGGUCUUUGGGAUCGUGAUCCCCAUGCAGGUCCUGGCCAACGUGGCCUACAUCAUCAUCGAGUCCCGCGAGGAGGGCGCCAGCGACUACGUGCUGUGGAAGGAGAUUUUGUUCCUGGUGGAUCUCAUCUGCUGCGGCGCCAUCCUGUUCCCCGUGGUCUGUGGCAGUGAACCUGGCCAAGCUGAAGCUGUUCCGGCAUUACUAUGUCAUGGUCAUCUGCUACGUCUAUUUCACUCGCAUCAUCGCCAUCCUGCUGCAGGUGGCUGUGCCCUUUCAGUGGCAGUGGCUGUACCAGCUCUUGGUGGAGGGCUCCACCCUGGCCUUCUUCGUGCUCACGGGCUACAAGUUCCAGCCCACAGGGAACAACCCGUACCUGCAGCUGCCCCAGGAGGACGAGGAGGAUGUUCAGAUGGAGCAAGUAAUGACCGACUCUGGGUUCCGGGAAGGCCUCUCCAAAGUCAACAAAACAGCCAGCGGGCGGGAACUGUUAUGAUCACCUCCACAUCUCAGACCAAAGGGUCGUCCUCCCCCAGCAUUUCUCACUCCUGCCCUUCUUCCACAGCGUAUGUGGGGAGGUGGAGGGGGUUCAUGUGGACCAGGCGCCCAGCUCCCCGGGACCCCGGUUCCCGGACAAGCCCAUUUGGAAGAAGAGUCCCUUCCUCCCCCCAAAUAUUGGGCAGCCCUGUCCUUACCCCGGGACCACCCCUCCCUUCCAGCUAUGUGUACAAUAAUGACCAAUCUGUUUGGCUACGCCGUUGUCUUGCCUUUUUGGGGGUUGGGGUCUACACGGAGGUUGUGUUUACAAUGUAGAAACCUGUUUUCGCUGUGUGUGGCGGGGGUGCGGGCACAGGGUCCGUGUCUUUGUAUAUUCAAUAAAUAUUCAUUCAGUAACCGCUGCAUGCAGGGCCCAAAGCCAGGCGCUGGGACGGAGCGGUCACAAAGACCCACCUGGUCCCAGCCCUAAAGGGGCUCCCAGUGCCCAGGGUGGGGGUCAGGCAGAGGGACAUGUCACCUGGCAGUACCAUCACUGGGCCAUCAGCGCCGUGACGGGAACUGCACAGGGCUCUGACCCGGCCUUGGGGGUCAGGAAAGGUCAGUAGAAACAUGGCGGAAGAGCUCAUGCCCAGGUGAGGGAACUGCGGGCAUGAAAGCUGGGGGCGAGGGGAGAACGGGGAUUUGAAGGCCCCCAAGUGGCUCAGGCUACAGAGGAAAAGAAAGAAUAGGCUGGGUGUGGUGGCUCACGCCUGUAAUCCCAGCACUUUGGGGGGCCAAGGCGGACGGAUCGUUUGAGGUUAGGAGUUUGAGACCAGCCUGGUCAACAUGGUGAAACCCCGUCUCUACUAAAAAUACAAAAAUUUGCCGGGUGUGGUGGCAGGUGCCUGUAAUGGCAGCUACUCAGGAGGCUGAAAUGGGAGAAUCGCUUGAGCCAGGGAGGCAGAGGUUGCAGUGAGCAGAGAUUGCACCAUUGCACUCCAGCCUGGGCAACAGAGCAAGACUCCAUCUCAAAAACAAAUAAUAAUAAUAGAAGCUAACCGGGCACAGUGACAAGUGCCUGUAGUAGUUCCAGCUACUCGGAGGUCAGUGCAGGAGUAUCACUCAAGCCCAGGAGUUAAAGACCAGCCAGGGCAACAAGCGAGACCCCAUCUCAAGAAAAGAAAAAAUAAUACGAGGUAACACAGAGUGAUUGCUACGCCACGCUGUCUAUUAAGGCUUCUGUGGAUUUUAAUUUGUUAAAAAGCCUGUGAGGCACAGAGAGGGUAAGAAACCUCCUUGAGGUCACACAGCUCAUGAGUGAGUGGGAGACUCCCAGCUCAAAGCCAGACACUGACUAUAUGCAUUGCUGCUCCAUAGCUAGACUCCCUGGGACCAAAUCUCUCAGCCUGUUGCCAUUUGCUGUGUGACCCUGGAUCACUGGCUUACUCUCUCUGUUUCCUUGCAUAUAACAUGGGGCCUCCUAAGUUUGUUGAGUAUCACAUACAAUAGCAGGCACAGCACCCAGCUGCACAGCCUCGACCUGACUUCUAGGGAACCAGCCCUGAAUCUUGAGGGGCGACUGAGGAAUUGGAGAUCUGCUUGCAUGCACACUUAAGGGCAGGUUCCCAAGAUGGGUCUCCACCCCCCACCCACCUGCCCUUCAACUAGAGCAUCCAGAAUGCCUUUUGGAGCUCGGAGAAGCCUUCCUCGCUGGAGACACAAGCAUGGGACAGCGGCAGGGAACAGGGCUGGGGUGAAGGCUUCCUGUAAGCAGAAACAAAUAUAGCUGGGGCCCAGAUGAAUAAAUAGCCCGGUCAGACAAAGAAGGAAGUGGGAGGCAUUGCAGACUGGGGAAGUUACAUGAACACGGCGGGGAAGGCUGGGAUGGCCCGCGAGGCUUGGGGGGGGGGGCAGGAGGAGGGCGAGAGAAGCUGGCAGAGGCCUAAGGACAGGCAGGCACAUGGGGCUUCAUCCAGGGGUCCACAGGAGCCAUGGAGGAAUUUAAAGCAGGGAGGAGCAUGGCCAGAGAGACUGCAUGUGCAUGCUGCAGUCAGCUGAGUCAUGGUCCCCUCAAAGAUGGGCACGUCCAGCCUGUGUGGUGGCUCACACCUGUCAUCCCAGCACUUUGGGAGGCCGAGGCAGACGGAUCACUUGUCAGGAGUUCAAGACCAGCCUGGCCAACAUGGCGAAACCCCAUCUCUACUAAAAAUAAAAAA